UUGAGGCACGAGACAUGUAUGUACAUUAAACAUAUUUCCAAAAAAUCUAAAAUACCCCUUAAAUUUGUUAUUUCCGUCAGUUAGGCUCUUGUUUUAAUACUAUUUACACUUCGUCUCGCCGCAUAGUGUAUGGUUCUAAAUUUUUAUGGCAAACAAGAUCAGAAAUGGCUAAGAUCAUCCAGAUGGCGAUAAUGUUGGGCAGCUCCAAGCUGGGUCCCGGUGCCUUCAGGUCCGAUGAGAGCUCCAUGGGCUUGGAGCCGGGGCCGAAGAUGAAACGAGAGCUCCCCACGCGCAAGAUGUGCCUGGAGGCCUUUAAGCGUACUCAGUAUGACAUCCUAAUCAUUGGCGGCGGCGCAGUGGGUUCUGGGUGUGCCUUGGAUGCUGCCACGCGGGGCCUUAAGACGGCCCUGGUCGAAGCCGAAGACUUUGGCAGUGGUACUUCCUCAAAGUCCAGCAAACUGCUCCAGGGCGGUCUGGGGGACCUGGAGCAGGCCAUAUCGAGUCUGGAUGUUGCUGCAUUUCGACGAGUACAAUGCUCCCUGAAGGAGCGCAGGCACAUCGGUCACCUGGCGCCGCACCUCAGCCAGGCCGUGCCUAUUCUACUGCCCGUUCAUAAAUGGUGGGAGGCUCCCCUGUACUACAUGAAGCUGAAGAUUUACCACCUGAUGGCGCCUAAGGGCAGCAAGAGCUUUCAUUAUCUCAGUGCCGACGAGGCUCUCGAAGUUUUUCCCCUGCUUCAGCGACAGGAGCUGUUCGGCGCUUUCGUCUUUUAUGAGGUCCAGCACGAUGAUGCGAGGAUUUGCCUCUCCCUGGCCCUGACAGCGGCUCGAUACGGCGCUGACAUCUGCAAUCAUAUGAAGGUGGUGCGGUUAAUUAAAAACAGGGAAGGCAACAUAGCGGGCGCCGAGGCGGUGGAUCAACUGACGGGAAAGAAGUACCAAAUCCGGGCCAAGGUGGUUGUCAAUGCCACUGGACACAUGAGCGAUAUCAUGCGCCGAAUGGAGGAUGCGGAGGCAAGGCCGAUGUGUACGAGCAGCUGGAACUCGAUCAUUGUGCUGCCGCGCUUCUACUGCCCAGAGCAAGUGGGUUUCUUCGAUCUGCACACUCCCGACGGCCGAUCUAUAUUCCUGCUGCCCUGGCAGGGUCAUACACUGGUCGGGACCAGCGAAGAGCCCCUCGAUCUGCCCGAAAAAAUGCCGUCCCACCCCAACGAGUUUGAUGUUCAGUACCUGUUGGAGGGCAUCAACCGUUUAGUGAGCCCCAAUUUCACUGUCCGGAGGUGCGACGUACUCGCUGCUUGGGGCGGCUACAAGCCUGUACCCGUCCAGUCCACCUCUAUGCCCCGUACUCCUCUCAAGAACUACAUAAUCCAUGUGGGACCCCGGAACAUGCUGUCUGUGGUGGGCGGAACCUGGUCCUCAUUCCAGGCGAUAUCCGAGAACGCGGUUAAUGAGGCCAUUCGCUACGGAGAUCUCUCAACGGCGAUCGAUACUUCGGUGAUGGGAAGGUCCUGCCAGCUGGAUGGAGCAAGCGGCUGGAACCCAAAGAUGUUCAUCCGGCUGGUUCAAGACUUUGGAAUGGAGCGCGACGUGGCUGAGCAUCUAUCCAAUACGUACGGCUCGAAUGCUUUUAAGCUAGCCGCGUGCGCGGACAGCAGCGGAAUGUCAUGGCCCAUUGUGGGCAAGCGGCUGCAUUCGGAGUUCCCAUAUAUUGAGGCGGAGGUAAGGCAGGGCGUUCGGGACUUCGCCUGCACCCUGCAGGACAUGGUGGCUCGCCGGUUACAAGUGGCCUUCCUCAACGUCCAAGUGGCCGAGCAGAUACUUCCGCAGGUGGCCAAUAUUAUGGCUCAGGAGCUGAACUGGACGAGCGAGCAAACGAGCCGACAGAUCUUCGAGGCACGCUCCUUCCUCAAUUCACAGAUGGGCAUCUUACCUAAGGAUAAUCCCUUGCAUCAAAAUAUCCCCAUUAAGAUGUCUGUACGCCAGGUGAAGAAGUUUGCCUCGCAAUUCAAUAGCCUGGAUGAUAACAACACCGGCUACGUUUCCAUCUCCGACUGUUGUAGGGCCAUGAAAAGUUUUGGCGUAAAGGAGGUGCCUCUGGACCUGAUGCACAAUGUCCUGAGCGACAUCGAAUGCCAAGCGCAGGGCAAGGUGAAUCUGUAUGAGUUUCUGCUACUCAUGUCGGCCGUUGUGCAGGGCGAUUCCGCGUACCUAAACUAUGCCCGGACGUACAUGGAGCUUAAAAAGCAGGCUUGGGAGAGCGGAAGCAGCAACCUGCCCGGCUUUGUGCAUGUGGAACGUUGCGGUGGCAGCCUGUAAAGUGAAUCCUCUAAUUUUUAUUUUUAAUAUAUAAUCCGUUUACCUUGUCCAUUUUA